AUGUUUGACGAAGAUCAAAUUCAAGCAUUUAAUUUAAUCAAGGAUGGCCACAAUCUAAUUGUAAGUGGACAAGCCGGAGCUGGCAAAACAUUCCUUAUUAAAAAAGCUGUUAAAUAUUUAAGAAAACAUCAAAGAAAGGCAGAAAUCGUGUGUUCUACUAAAAUUGCUGCUACACAUUUUUCCGACUUGGGAGCACAAACCUUACAUCGAUGUGCAGGAAUUGAAGAUGGUAGGCAUAUGAAUCAAAACUUACUGCAUCUCAUUGAAACAGAUGAAAGAUUUAUUUCUGUUAAGAAGAAUUUUCUCAAUGUUGAUGUUCUUUUUAUAGACGAAAUUUCUAUGAUUAGUUCCAAAGUUCUUUCUCAAGUGGAAUUUUUAAUUAGAAAUGUGAGGAAAUCAAAUCAAUACUUUGGUGGUGCUCAAAUUGUAUUAGUGGGGGAUUUUUACCAGCUUCCCCCUGUACCAAAUGAACUUUUAGGUGAUCCUGGAAACCAUUGUUUUAGAAUUAGUUGGUUUAAUGACUGUUUUCCUCAUCAAAUUAUUUUACAUUUGAUCCAUCAUCAAAGCGACCAUACUCUUAUUAAAUGCAUUAAUGAAUUGGAAAUUGGCAAUCCGUCAGAUGAGAUUUUAGCAUUUUUAAACUCACUGAAUAGACCCACUGAAAAUGAACAUAAUGCUGUGCAACUUUUUGCCAGGAAUUUAGAUGUUGACUUAUUUAAUUAUAACAAAUUGCAGUCAAUCCCAGGAGAUUUAAAAGUAUACAAUGCAAUAGAUCAAGGGUCUGAACAUUAUUUAAACAAGAUGUUAGCUCCAAAAAAUCUAGGAAUUAAAAAUGAUUGUAGUAUUAUGUUGGUAAAGAACCUUAGUGAAUCCUUAGUAAAUGGUUUACGUGGAAAAGUUACUAAAUUAUAUGCAAAAUCUGUUGAUGUUGAAUUUAUGAUAGAUGAUAAGUCUGUAACUACUAAUGUAACAGCAACAGACUUUACUGUGUUUGACCCGGUUGAUAAAACUGUUUUAGCAAAGCGAACUCAGCUACCAUUAAAAUUAGCAUAUGCCAUGACUAUACACAAGGCACAGGGAAUGACUUUGAAAAAUUUAGUAGUAAAUUGUGAAAAUUCCAGUCAACCUGGUCAAGUAGGGGUUGCUGUCGGAAGAGCAGAAAGUGUUGAAGGACUUCGAGUAUUAAACUUUAAAAAAGUAUUAUGUAAGAAACAUCCUGUCCAUGUGACAAACUUUUAUAGUAGUUUCACAUUAGGUAUCAUUUACAAGGACUUGACAUGCUGCCGAGGUAAAAAAGAUACUAAAUCUGUUGAGGAUCAAGAUGAUUCACCUCCUGCUCCACCAGAUACUAGCGUUUGUGUUAAUGAGUAUGCAGACUCAGAUUUUUUCGGACAGUGA